AUGUUCGGAAGCGACAAUACCUUCGACCCUAACAAGGACAUCCCAGAUCUUUCUGGAAAGGUAGGCCGUCAAUCCCCCUCCAGCAUCCCCAAACAACAGACAAGAACAUCUAUACUAAGAAACAGCUAUACAACCAAACAGGUCUACAUAGUCACCGGCGGCAGCGCCGGAAUCGGCUUCGGCAUCUGCGCCCACAUCCUCCAACACAACCCCCGCGCCCUCUACCUCCUCGGCAAAAAAGCCGACCACAUCGACGAAGCAACCACCGGCCUACGCAAAUACGGCGACGUCUCGAACCUCCACCCGGUGCAGAUCGAACUCGAAGACCUGCGCCAGACCGACCGCGUCGCGAAAGACCUCGCCUCGAAGCUGGAUCGGCUUGACGGUCUCGUCUGUAACGCGGGUCUAGGCGUCGGAAUGUUCCAUCUGACAGAGAAAGACGGCAUCGAUAGCCACAUGCAAGUGAACCAUCUCGCGCAGUUCCACGUCUCGAGGAUCCUGCUGCCGCUGUUGCAGAAAACUCCCGAUUCGCGACUCGUGGUGCAAUCGUCGGAUUUGCAUCGUGCGAUUAACGACCGCGACGACGGCGAUGGGGUGAAGUUCGCUUCGCUCGAUGAGUUGAAUAGAGAUAUCGGGCCGGCGAAGCUCUAUAAUCGCACCAAGCUCGCAAACGUCCUGUAUAUCCGGGCUCUGGCCGAGCGCAAGGAAAAGGGGCUGUUGGGGUUCAACCCGGAUCCGAAGGCCGGGCCGUGGAUGAACGCCACGCAUCCCGGGGCUGUGAGUACGGAUCAGCAGAAGCAGGCGGAGGAUGCGUAUGGCACGCUGGGGAAGGUGGGGGUGGCGGUCGUGAGGCCGUUCAUGGCGGAUCCGGUCGAUCAGGGGUGCAGGGCUGCGCUGUUUGCGGCGACGGGGGAGGAUGUGGUGAAGGGGGGUUUGCAGGGGCAAUAUGUGAGUCUCCAUUCGAUUUUAACUAUCACCUCCUAG